UUUGCGCGCCUGACUUGAAGACGACACUUAGAAGAAUUUCAACAGUCAACUGGAAGAAAAAAUUUUGGAAGACCGGACUUGAAGAAGAUUGGACUCGGAGAUACAAGACAACACCGCUGGAGGGGAAGCAAGGAUUCGUAGAUUUUUCGUCACAAAAACCUACUGAAGAUCCUUGAAAAUAGAAGAUUCAACAUAGAAGAUUCAAUAUAGAAGAUUCAAAAUAGAAGAUUCAACAUAGAAGAUUCAACUUAGAAGAUUAAACAUAGAAGAUUUAACUUAAUUUCAAGAUGGUCGUCACGAGGAGUCAGAGCGGGGCGGAGGAGAACCAGCCACCGAAAGUAUUUUCGGAUCCGCCCAGGUCGCCGUCUGCAGCCGCAACCAGCCAGCCACCGACCGGGGGAAGGGCGGAUCCGCCUCAAACUGCGUCGAAACCGAAGCCGGGCGCCAGCAAGACACCCGCGCCAUCGGGAGUACCUGUAGCCAGGAAGAAGGCUAUUUCAAUAAGGUCGCGUCGAUCGACAGCAAGUGUCGUCGCGCGCAUCCGAUAUGAGGCGGAAGAGAAACUUGCCGCACUCCGUAAGAAGGAACUGCAGAUCGAAGCAGAACUUAUCAAGAAGAAGCUCAUCGCUGAUGUCGCCACUGCCGAGGAAACCAGCGAUCCAGACGAUGAUGAGCCUUCAGAGCAGGUGGAGCAACGGGUCCGAGCCUGGCUAAGCGAACAAGGUCCUGACAACGAAGAGACGGCCAAGGAACGGGUCGUGCCAGAGGAAGAAGGGGACGCGCCGAAGCCAGAAGACAUACCACCUGCGGGAGAGAGACGCGAGCCGCAGAGAUUGAGGUUCGAGCGGCCGAUACAAAGCCGCAUUCGCUCACCUACACCUCCUGCAGCCGGGAUCAACGGGGUGGAACAGCUUGCCGACACUCUAGACAAGCUGUUGAACCAACGACAGCCGCGCCAUCAGACGGAGUUGCCCAUAUUCACGGGCUCUCCUUCGGAAUGGCUGCCGUUCAAAGCAGCCAUGGAAGAUACCACCACAUUCUACAAGCUCAAGCCGAUCGAGAACCUGGCGCGCCUGAGAAGCUGUCUCCGGGGGGAAGCUCGAGAAGCAGUGGCGCCGUUGCUGAGCAUCGCAACACCACCCGAACAGAUCAUGAAGACUUUGGAGCAAUGCUUCGGCCGGCCCGAGGUGAUGGUCGACCGCAUGAUGGAAGAUUUAAAGAAGCUUCCGAGGCUCGGAGGCUCGGCAGCAGAGCUCAACCACUUCGCGGUGAAGAUUCAGAACAUGGUGGCCAUCCUGAGGAAGUUAAAGCACGGGUACCUCUUCAAUCCGUUGCUUGUGAGAGACAUCCUGGAGAAGCUCAGCCCGUACGAGAAGAGCAAAUGGUACGACUACGCAGAAGAGACAUCGCACUACCGGAACGAGCCCGAUGUCGUCCUUCUCUCUGAAUUCCUAAUGAGAGAAGCGGACAGAGCACUGCGCUACGGAUUCACCACGGCUCCGGCUUCGAGAAAAGAAACAUCGCGUCCACCUCCCAACAAGAACGAAGUUAGACCGAGAAGACCAGUCUUCGCGAUAUCAGAAGAGGGCCGAGGCAAGCCGAGCCACAGCCAGCCAGAGAGAAUGCGCGAAGAACAAACGAAGUGCCCGAUAUGCACCGACCGCCACGCUCUGUUUCGCUGCGCUGCUUUCAAGAAACUGAGUGUGCAAAAGAGAUGGGACACAGUCAAGCAAGAGGGGCUGUGUUUCCUGUGCCUAUCGAGCCGACACAGAAGAUACAACUGCAAAGCGAAGCAGUGCGGUAUGCAGGGAUGCAAGCGGCCUCACCACCCACUACUACACGAGGAGAGGUCCGGCGGCGCUCCACCGAUCGAGGACGCCGUAAUCACCGCGUCGGUUGCCUCCGACCGCGCGGUGAAGCUGAAGAUGAGAAGAAUUCAAGUCGUUGGGCCACGGGGCGAAGCCGACAUCUUCGCGCUGUUCGACGAGGGCUCGAUGGUGACUCUGCUGGAUGAAGACGUCGCUGAGGCUAUCGGCGCGGACGGUCCAUCGAAGAUGCUGCGCAUGCACGGGAUCAACGCCGAGAGAAGGGAAGAGAGAAGCCGCCUCGUACAACUGGGCGUACGAGGUCGCGACGGUACCAGACACGACAUCACCGCGAGGACUGUGAACGGGUUGAACCUCUUAACUCAAUCCGUUCCGGAAUCCCUUUUGCAACUCGCUCACCUGCGCGAUCUCAAGAACGAAGAGAUUUGCUACGAGAACGAGAAACCCCAACUUCUCAUCGGCACGGACAAUUGGCAGCUCAUCGUGUCUCGGGAGCUGAGAAUCGGGAAGAGGAACCAGCCUGCAGCCUCUAAGACGAAGCUUGGAUGGGUGAUACAUGGCAGCAUCCCCAAGCGCAUCAUAAGGCAGGACGAGAACGAAGACAUCCUGCAUAUAUCCACGGUGGAAACCAGAAACGAUCGUCUGGAAGAAAUGGUGAAGAAACACUUCGACAUAGACGCUUUGGGAAUAGCGGCUAAGGCGAAACUGAGCAACGAGGAACAGCGAGCCAUCGACCUGUUUGGCAGAACGGCCAAGAGAACGGAAGACGGUCGAUUCGAAGUGGGACUCUUGUGGCGCAAGGAUGGCGUCAAACUGCCCCUCAGCUACAACAACGCGCUGAGGAGGCUCAAGAACUUAGAACGCAAGCUCGACAGAAACCCCCAAGAUGCGGUGCAGUAUCAUGGGCAGAUGGUGAACCUCAUACGAAAAGGAUAUGCGGAGAAAUGCGACGGGACGGAGGCCGGAAGCGAGAACACAUGGUACCUACCGCACUUCCCGGUCAAGAACCCAAACAAGCCGGGCAAGCUGCGCUUGGUCUUCGACGCGGCGGCCAAAACGAACGGCGUGAGCCUCAACGAUAAUUUAUUGGAGGGGCCCGAUCUACUGACAUCCCUACCGAGGAUACUGUUCCGGUUCAGGGAGGAAGCCGUGGCCGUGAAAGCAGACAUAGAAGAGAUGUUCCUUCGCGUGAAGAUCAGGAGGGAGGACCAACCGGCGCAGAUGUUCCUGUGGAGGGAGGGCCGAGAGGAGCCGCCCUCCAAGUACAAGAUGGUGGUCAUGAUAUUUGGGGCAUCGUGUUCACCGUACCUGGCACACUCAGUACGGAAUCGAAAUGCAGAGGAACACGCGGUAUCGUGCCCGGAAGCCUAUCGCGCCAUCACCGAGGCUCACUACAUGGACGAUUAUGUGGACAGCUAUCCAGACUAUGAGAAGGCCAAGCAAGUCGUGGAACAAGUGGACCGGGUGCACAAGAUGGGCGGAUUCCACUUGCGGGGAUGGACGAGCAACGACCGACGAGCGCUGACGGGGCUACCGGUGGACCGCCUAGCUGAUGAUGUGGCGCAGCCUGUCACUAAGGGUGAACAGAAGACCCUGGGGAUACUGUGGGAUUCUCGAGGGGACACGUUGAAAUUCAACACAUCUCUAUCAAGAGUCCCUAAAGAGGUCCGAGAGCUACAGCGCGCACCUACCAAGAGAGAGGCCCUUAGCACAGUGAUGAGCAUCUACGAUCCGCUGGGGCUACUGAGCUGCUACACCAUCACCGCCAAAGUUAUCCUGCAAGGUCUGUGGCGUCAGAAGCUGGAUUGGGACGAGCCGCUGCCGGCGGAGUCAGCCGAAGACUUCACUCGAUGGCUGAGAGACAUGGAGCACAUCAGCCACCUCGAGCUACCCCGGAGCUACAACGGGGGGAGCCCCACAAGAAACCGGCAGCUGCACGUGUUCUGUGACGCGAGCAAAGACGCGUACGCGGCGGCCGUCUACUGGAGGCUGGAGCAAGAAGAUGGAGAAAUUCGAGUAAUGCUAGCCGCAGCCAAGGCUAAGGUGGCACCACUGAAGACGCAGACGAUACCCCGACUAGAGCUACAAGCCGCUCUGGUCGGAGCGAGGCUCGGGAACGCCGUCACAGCGGAACACAGAUGGAAGACAGAUGCGAUUUUCUACUGGACCGACGCUCAGGUAGUUCUGUGGUGGAUACAGAACGGAAGCAGGAAAUAUACGCCAUACGUCGCACACCGAUUGGGAGAGAUCGCCGAGCUGACAUCCGUACACCAGUGGAGGUGGGUGAGCACCAAGAAUAAUAUCGCUGACAUGGCCACCCGAACGGGCUAUGUCACCAAAAGCGAAGAGGAUCCGUGGUUCAAUGGACCAGACUUCCUGCGUAGGCCUGUGAACGAGUGGCCCACGGAGAGUCCCGUUCAAGCCGAGGACCUAGAGGAGCACGUCGCCUUCCAGACCACGGAGGCGAGCGAAGUAGACUGUCUGCCAGACGUGAGCCGCUUUUCAAAGUACGAGCGCCUCGUGAGAUGUACGGCGAUGGUUCUACUAUUCAUUGAGAAGUGUCGUGAUCGCCGGGCCAGUCUCGACGUGCGGCACCUGGAGAAGGCGGAGGUAUUAUGGUACCGAAAAUCACAACACGAUAGCUUCGCACGGGAAAUAGAGAAGAUGAAAAACGGAGGGACGGCGCCGAGAUGGAGCUCCUUGUACCGGCUCAACCCGGUGUACAGAGACGGCUUGCUUACGCUGGACGGGAGGAUCAGAGCAGCGCAGGUGCCGGAUGAAAUGAAGAACCCAGUUAUCCUGGACGGAAGACACCCGUUCACGAGGCUGCUGGUGGCCAGGGAGCAUGCCAGAGCCGGACAUGGGAGCCGCGAGAGAGUAGUGAACGAUCUAAGACAGAAAUUCUGGAUCCUGAAGCUACGGCCGACGGUGCGGAGCAUCAUACACAACUGCGCCUUCUGUCGGAUGAGGAGGGCGCGCCCGAAAAUCCCGCAACCUGGAGACCUGCCACCAGAGCGCCUGGGGGCGUUCCAGAGACCAUUUUCCUACUGCGGUCUCGAUUGUUUCGGCCCAAUGAUCGUUACCAUCGGCCGGCGUCAUGAGAAGAGAUGGGGAGCGCUGUUUACCUGUUUGACGACGCGAGCGGUCCACCUGGAACUUGUAGCCACGCUGUCGACCGAUUCAGCAUUGAUGGCAAUGAGAAGAAUGGCCGCACGGCGGGGAUGGCCGGCGGUCAUGUACAGCGACAAUGGGACGAACUUCAGAGGCGCGAACGUCGAGCUGCAACGAGCGUACGCCGAGUGGGUGCCGGCUAUGACCGAGCUGGGCCUCACACACCGCAUGAAAUGGAAGUUCACUCCGCCAGGGGCGCCGAACCAAGGGGGCGCCUGGGAGAGACUGGUGAGGUCGGUAAAAACCGCCCUACUCACCACACUGAACGAGAAAUCACCGAAGGAGGAGGUGCUCCAGACCCUGAUGACCGAGGCGGAAUACUCCGUGAACGCUCGACCGCUCGUUCACGUUUCCGUGGACCCCGACGAUCCAGAGGCGAUCACACCUAACCAUUUCCUCAUAGGGUCAUCUACUGGUCAACCAUACGUCGGGCCGUGCGAGCCGGCCGACAAGAAGACGUGGAGGGUCGCGCAGGCCUUGGCGGACGAGUUCUGGAGGCGAUGGGUGAGGGAGUAUCUCCCGACGCUCACGCCCCGUGGCGGGGCCCCGAGGAGCGGCCGCAACCUGGCCCCGGGGGACUUGGUGAUCGUCGUCGACCCCGCGCUGCCGCGUAAUACGUGGCCGCGAGGAGUCGUACACCGCGUCUACCCGGGCCCGGACGGACGAGUGCGUUGCGCGGACGUGCGCACGCGUAGUGGAGUGUUCCGCAGACCAACAUCAAAGCUGGCGGUGAUAGAAGAGUCGCCGCCGGAGGAGCCGACGGCGCCGGGAGAGGAGCCGGCGGGCCUAGUCAGCCCGCAGUCGCCAGAACGAGUCGCGACGGGCUUAACCAGCUCGUGCUCAGCCGGGCAGUCAGCGGCGGGCCUAGUCAGCCCGCAGUCGCCAGAACGAGUCGCGACGGGCUUAACCAGCUCGUGCUCAGCCGGGCAGUCAGCGGCGGGCCUAGUCAGCCCGCAGUCACCAGAUCGAGACGUGACGAGCUCAACCAGCUCGUGCUCAGCCGGGCAGCCACCAGCGAGGCCAGCCAGCCUGCAGUCAACCAUGGAUUCGGCGAGCCCGCAGUCACCGGAGAAGGCUGCGUAGACCCUGGCUACUGCGCCGGGGGGAGGAUGUUGAGGACAGCGGCCUCGCACCC